CACUCAUGUCUUCUCUCUCUUGUCACUCUUGCAGUGGACUGUACUGACAGAAAUGUGGACAAUCCUCCUCUCGCUCUUCCUCUCAUUUCAGACCGGUUUGGCUGAAGAAGUGAUGCUGCUGGACACCACAGAAUCCACUUCUGAACUUGGUUGGACAACUUAUCCUGAUACUGGGGUGAGUUGGGAUGAAGUGAGUGUACUUGAUGACAAGGGCAAGCUUAUCCGCACCUUUGAAGUGUGCAACGUCAACCAGCGCCUCCAUGACAACUGGUUGGCUACUCCCUUUCUGUACGGUCAUUCGGCUCCUCGGAUCUUUGUCACGCUACGAUUUUCCGUCCGUGACUGUGCGAGUUUGCGCUCACCCUCACCGACCUGCAGGGAGACGCUCACACUGUACUACAGGCAAGCUGACUCUCAGAGAGAACUGGAGAAAACCUGGAGUGCAGAGCCUUCCAGCGGGGAUACCAGAGAAGGUUGGGUCAAGAUAGACACCAUUGCAGCAGACAAAAGCUUUAGCCGUGUUGAGCCAAGUCUUCCUCACCAGUACAAACCAGACCGAAUGCGCCGCAUCAAUGUCAAGACACGCAGCUUUGCCCCCCUCACACGUCGCGGAUUUGUCUUGGCUAUAGUAGACAGUGGAGCAUGUGUGUCACUCAUGGGUGUGUCCAUAUUUUACCGCCGUUGUCCAGCAACAACUCUGUAUCUGGCCUCCUACGUGGCCACACCCACAGGGGCUGAGCCUACAGCUCUGGUGCCAGUGACUGGGACUUGUGUACCUCACAGCCAAUCCCAGGGCGGGACGGCGCCCCGGAUGCACUGUAAUGCGGAAGGUGAAUGGAUGGUGCCUGUAGGAGGUUGCACAUGUGAUGCAGGAUAUGAACCAAAUCAUAAUGGCUCUGCUUGUCUUGCCUGUCAGAUGGGCUUCUAUAAAGCCGUGUCAGGUUCGAUUUCAUGCACCGAGUGUCCAGCUAAUAGCAGAACCAGCUCGGAGGCUUCUAAAAUGUGUGAGUGCCGCAGCGGCUUUUACCGGGCGCCAAGUGAUGCCAAUACUACCGCUUGCACUGCCCCACCUUCUGCCCCCGUGUCUCUGUCCUGGGAGUAUGAGAGCUUAGAGGCUGGGGUGUCCCUACGUUGGAAGCCCCCACUGGACAUGGGAGGUCGAAGCGAAGUGACAUAUGGGGUGGUGUGCAGAAUCUGCCCCUCGGCCACUGAGACUCACCCUGGUGCCUGCUCCUGGUGUGGAGAUUCUGUCACUUAUACACCCCAUAAAAGUGGCCUCAGACAAACGAAAAUCACCCUCAGCAACCUACUUACGCAAGUCAACUAUCUUGUACAGGUACAAGCUAUGAACGAUGUAUCUUAUCUCAGUCCUUUCCCACCACAGUUUGCUAGUAUCAACUUCACCACCAGCCAAUCAGUACCUUCUGAAGUUUCCAUACUGCAUCAGCUCAACAGUGCUUCAGAUUCUAUUACUCUGUCCUGGCCUCAACCUGACCGACCCAAUGGAGACAUCUUGGAAUACCAAAUCAGAUACUAUGACAAGAGCUCUGAUGAGAGCAGUGCAAACAGUGUGUUUACCGAGACCAACACAGUGACCGUGGCUGCUUUGAGCCCAGGCUCCAUUUACGCCUUCCAGAUCCGAGCUCGCAAUGAGAGAGGCUAUGGCCCUUACAGCAAUUCAGUUUACUUCAGCACUCUGGCAAUGGAAGAGCGGUCAAGGCAAAUUCAGAGCCAUCUGCCUUUGUUGGUCGGGUCUGUGAUGGGUGGAGCUGCAUUUCUAUUAGUCGUGUCAGCAGUCAUCAUCAUGUUUGUCUUUAGGACGAAAAGGAGAGAGAGCCAUUACAGUGACAGACUUCAGAGAUAUAUUAGCAACCGAGCCGGGGUGAAAUAUUAUGUGGAUCCUUCCACUUAUGAGGAUCCGAGUGAGGCAGUCAAAGAAUUUGCCAGAGAAAUUGACCCUGCUCACCUGAAGAUUGAAGAAGUCAUUGGUGCUGCUCAAUUUGGUGAGGUAUCCAGGGGCAGAUACAGACCUUUGGGUCGUAGAGAAGUGCUAGUAGUGGUGAAGACUCUGAGAUGGGGAGUCACAGACCGUGAGAGAGGGAUGUUCCUCAGUGAAGCUGGAAUCCUGGGCCAGUUUGAUCACCCCAAUGUGCUGAAACUUGAGGGUGUGAUCACACACACUCCUCCUGAGCGCAUCAUUCUGGAGUUUAUGGAGAAUGGCCCCCUUGAUGCCUUCCUCAGGGAAAAUGAGGAUCAAUUCAGUGUGUUGCAGCUGGUCGGUAUGGUAAGAGGCAUCGGAGCAGGAAUGUGUUACCUUUCUGAGAGGAACUUUGUGCAUCGUGACCUUGCAGCUCGAAACAUUCUGGUGAACUCAAACCUGGUUUGUAAGGUCUCAGACUUCGGUCUGUCACGACUCAUGAAGGACUUGGACCACAAUAUGCCCACCUACACUGCAUCACUGGGUUGUAAAAUACCUAUAAGGUGGACAGCUCCUGAGGCUUUCCAGCAUCGCAAGUUCAGCUCAGCUAGUGAUGUCUGGAGCUUUGGGAUCCUCAUGUGGGAAGUAAUGUCAUAUGGAGAACGGCCCUAUUGGGACAUGAGCAACCAAGAAGUAAUGAAGGCAGUGAUUGAUCAGUAUCGCCUUCCCGCUCCUAGCAGUUGUCCUCCUGCUCUGCAUGCUCUGAUGCUGCAGUGUUGGCAGGCUGCUAGACAGGAUCGACCCAGAUUUGACUCUCUUCUCUCGUCACUGGACCGCCUCAUACGUCACCCUGCAUCCCUGAAAGCAGAAUAUGCUCGCCCCACCCAACCCCUGCUCAGCCCCACCUCCAGAGAUCUAUCAACAGUGACGACAGUCAGCGAGUGGCUAAGUGCGCUGAGGAUGGAACGCUACAUGGAUGAUUUUGAGAGAGCACAGCUGGACAGCCUGGAGAGAGUGAGCUUGCUCACCAUGGAGGAUGUGCAAGCUUUGGGGGUAAAUCUGUUGGGCCAUCAACGGAAGAUUGUGAAUGCAGCUCAACAGCUCAGGACUUAUCUCACUCAGGGACAGGUGGAGGUGUAGAGGAGUAGAGGAUUUUUUCCCUUCUUUCUAAAACACAGAUGUCCAGUCCAUCAUACACAGCAGCCCAAGCCCUACAGCACAGGGAGAUUCAAAGGACUAAGUGUAAUGGCAUGAUAAUGUCAUAUUAUAUUAUUUAUUUGCUCCUCAAUCUGCUUGUUUAGGUGCCUACACUGCUCUCUUUUAUCUUGAUUGUUCGUUUUUGUCUGCCUUUUUUUUCGAAAUACCCCCCACACAAACACACACACUCAAAUUACCAUUCUCCAUUAAUGCAUAUCGUAUAAAAAAGCAGUGAAAGUUUAACAAAAAUAAAGUCAGUCUUCACUAUAGUCAACUGCAAUGACAGUCGAUGAUAUUGUUUGUCACGAGUCCAGUUAGAACUUUUAAUACGAAUUUGAACCUUUGUACACUUUAUUCAAGGGCUUUAUGUCUCUAAUGAUUAUGCACCCUACAUACAUAAGGCUGUUCAUUAGUAUUUCAUUAACCAAAUCUCAUAAAUUUGUUUUGAAUUAAGGAACACUUACAUCUGUGCAGGACAGUGAAAUGAAGAUGGUACAGCUUCUAUGAUUUUAUUCAGUUGCUUUGAACUAAUUAAUUUCAAGGACCAAUCAGAAAAAUUAAUAAGAAAAGAAAAGAUAAUUUAUGUCCCUUCUAAACAGCAAAUAACCAAUUUUUAACAACAUACUAAAACCCUUUUAGUUUUACCCACUUUGCAAUUUCUUAGUCAAACAUUAAGUAUUUAUCUUUGUACAUGAUUACAUUGCAAUUUUUUUUGCGGUGAUUUUUUUUCCAAAUAUAAUUGAAAUCGCUUAGAAACCAGCUUUUUCUUACGGUAUAUUAAAUAACAUGUGCAGGUCACUGCUGGCUCCAAUUUCAUAGGCAAAGGAAUGCCAGUACUAUCCACAAAACAUCUAAGCUUUUUGUCCAAGUGACCCGCUACGAAAUGAAGGCAUACACUGCUGGUUCAUUCAUUUUAUGUGCAUGAUGGUCAGAUUCAGGCACUGUUAGCACUAAUAUAACAUUUGGGUCACUUGCACAAAAGAACACAGGAAGCAU